GACCGAAACCGGCACCGGGAAGCAACAGUUAUUAGAUGAUCAGUCCAGUAUGGUAUCAUAGUGCAUCUAUUGGUUAUCGAUCACGUGGCAUAAGUGAAACAGUGACGUCGGAAAACAGAGCCUCAACCCAAUCUCAACCCCAACUCCCUUUCACUCGAAACUAUCUGAGUAAAAUCGGUGAAUCACGAUGCGGCCAGCACUGCGCCUCCUCCGAGGUGGCUUCUUCCAGCGAAGUAUAGACGAGAUGAAGCGCAAUACUUUCAGCGGUAGCUCCUUUGCAAAUUCCCUUCCAUCCCACUAUCCACAAUUCCUAACAUGAUCAAUCGCAGUCUUCAAAGGCGAAGGCAUAACUGGCGACUUUUCCGACAUGGAAGUCCACUCUUUCCGUCAUCCAGAUUCUCUCAAAAACAUCAAAGUCUUUUCCGACGCGGACACCGGAGGUUUCAGCAAAGUUCACAUGGAUCUCAUGCCAUGCCCACCGGGCAGCCCAUCAGAAGGCCAAUACUAUGGAAGGUUCCAUGGAAAUAUAUCGAUUGAGUUGCCCACCGAGCGGCCAAAAAUCCAACGGUCUGGAUAUGCCGCUUGGAGAACGCUGGAGAGGAGAAGGACGCUAUUCGGGCGGCAGAAUUGGGAUUGUGACCCUUAUACUUAUUUGGCGUUGAGGGUUAGAAGUGAUGGAAGCAAGUAUUUCGUCAAUAUACAGACCGACUCCAUUGUGGAGACAGAUAUUCAUCAGCAUAGAUUGUUCGCUAAGAGGGUCGGGGAAUGGGAGAUCAUACAUGUGAGGCCGCUCAUUUCUUCACCGCUCACCGUACAUCGGGUUUCAGAGCUGAUGAAAGGCAUAGAUUCCUUUCUCGGAGUUUGUAAGGACGAAUUUUGGACAGGUCGUCGAGCCCCAGAAUGAGAUGAUGAGGCAGAAGGUUAAGACUGUUGGGAUUGGAUUGAUUGAUCGAAUUCCGGGACCUUUUGAGUUAUUCAUUGAUCGGAUAUGGGUAGGUGGGUUCUUUUCUUGAGUGGAAACGAUUUACUAAGGGCAAUAGGCGACGAACACACCAGAGCCUGAACAUAUCACCAAUACCUGCUGAGAGCACACAGAAUCAGAGAAGGUGUUCAAGUAGUGUUGAUGUACAUAAUGAUGAAUCAUUAUUCCCCC